AUGAAGAGUUUCCGAAGUAAAGCGGCGCAUUUCUUCAGAGAAGGUGCAUCUUCAGAGGAGAAGGUGGCAAUCAACAACACCUCGAGUUUUGACUUCGACGCUGGUAUUGACAGCACUGUUACAAGAAAAGUGGUGUGGCCAUUUCGCCGCAAGAAUGACAAGGCAGAUAGACCGCAACCAGCUCUGCGGCUCAGUUCUUCGUCGUCUACGUUGAUGCCUCCAGCCAGACCAUGUGUCAUUGCUCGUGAGGCCAGCGACGACUUCGAUCUUCUGCCAGACUACGACGAUUCCGACGACGACACUCAGGCAUUUCGUCGUUCGCCUGGUACAUCUAACAAGAAGAAGAUGUAUCGCAGUGCGUUCAGUAUGUCCAACCUCAAGAAGUCGUGCUCAAAUCUUGCGGCCUUGAAGAACAAUGGCCCCCGAAUCUUCAGCAGUAACAAGAAAACAUAUUCAAGAUCGCCGCCACCACCACCCGUGCCCCAAAUCCCAGUCGACUUCACCAUACCGCUGCCAACCCGAUACUCAACUCUUCCUCCACCGCCUCCACCACCGCUCCCCAAACGCAGCAGCAACCGUCCUCGACGCCCAGCACUCAAAAAGGCCAAAAGCAGCACAGGCCCCAUCUCUCGUCCAACCCCGACGUCCCAAGACUCCAAUGUCCCGCUUCUCCUGGAGCACCUCACCACCACCCCCUUCACACCACGCAACAGGAGCCCCCCACAGCGCCCGCCGCGCCCCAACGCCGUAGAAAACGAUACACUCAUGCACAUGCGGCACACAAACGCCCGCAUGGUUCUUCCCGUUCGUCCCCGCCCCGACACGACCGCAUCCCCAGAUCCAUGUCCAUCAUCUACAUCCACAUCGACUGCGUCUCCUACAUCAUCAUCAUCAUCAUCAUCAUCAUCAACCAGACACGCCUCCGCCAUCGCAUCCCGCCUCGGCAUCCCCACAGGCCACUCCGCCCCUCGCACCGCAUCCCUCGCUGCACCCCUCGCUGCACCCCUCGCUGCACGUAUCCCCCAACACCACCCCGCACUGCGUCUCCCCGUCUGUGGAGCAGACGGCUCCACGAGAUACAGUCGCUUCAGCGAGUUCGUCGCCCAUUGCCAGCCAGCCGCGUAUCAACCCCUUGCUCCACCUGCCCCCGUCGCCGAAGUCUAUGACCGCCAGAGGGAGCCCGAGUGGGUGCUCGAGAGGCACCUUACUCAUGCAUCUCCCGCUGCCGCUGACGCCGGCGGCAUGGUGUUUAGGGAUCGGAAUGGUGGUUUUCAUUUUGUAGCCAAUAUCUGA